AUGAGAUUAUUAUUUUUUAUAUUGAUUAGUUUGUGUUUAAUUUCUUCAAGUAAAGCAAUUGAUUAUGCUUUUUUCUAUCCACCACUUGGGGAAACUGGUGGCCUUGGUAUGGGUUACAUAGUUGGUAUUGGAGAGGGAUGUGUAUCAUAUGACCACCAAGGAUGGGCAGCAAUUGCUAAUUUGACUGAUAAUGGUAUUAUUCUUGAAUUAUAUAAUAAUUAUGAUUGUAAGGGUAAUGUUGCUUUUACAUCAAAUUUUGAAUCAAAUUCAAAUUCAAUUUUUACAAUUCCAUUCAAUAAAUAUGAUCAUAAUAAUCGUUUUGUUGUUGGAGUUGGUCAACCACCAUUUAAUGUUGGAAAAAUUAUGGUUAUGCAAUUCUAUACCACAGAAAAUCCAACAUGUACUGGUGAAGCACCAAUAAUGAAAAUGUUUAUCAAUGGUACUUAUUUCAAUUCAACUGAACCAACUGAAGAGGUUUAUUGUGAUCCAACUGAUAAUUCACCAAUGACCUAUACUUGUUUCAAUGGUGAAUGUCAAAAUACUCCAUAUCCAACCAACUGUAGUAACUAUUUCUCAAAUGAAAUUUUCAGUAAUUUCUUUUGUCGUACUAUUUCACCAGUACCAUCCUCAAAUUCUUCUCAACAAUCAAGUUCAAAUGAAUCAAGUCGAUCAAAUUCUAAUUUUUCAGGUUCAAGUCAAUCAGGUUCAAGUCAAUCAGGUUCAAGUCAAUCAGGUUCAAGUCAAUCAGGUUCAAGUCAAUCAGGUUCAAGUCAAUCAGGUUCAAGUCAAUCCGGUUCAAGUCAAUCCGGUUCAAUGACUGGUGCCGUUACUGGUAGUGUUAGUGGAAGUGGAAGUGGCAGUGGAAGUGGUAGCCAAUUUAAAUUUAAUUAA